GGUGGACGCGAUCUCGCUGGUGGUGGCGAUUUCGUUCGAAUAAGCGAUCGUCCCGAACGCGUCCCAUUUCCGGUCGUUUGCCGUUCGGAAACGUGACGUAUUUGCGAAGAAGUGCAUCGAUCAUGAAUUGGUGCGACGUGCGAGCUUACGCGGAUUCGGUCGACAAUUGGUUCGUACGUCGAGGAAUGUUCGCAUCGGACGCCAAAGCAUGAGGAACGACGCAUUGACGUAAUGAUGCAGAGAGCAGUGCUGCUGCUCUGUUGGCUGCCGCUUCUCAACCACUGCCACGCCGUAAAUCCAGGUUGUUCUUGUGUUGUAUACAGCAGCUCGGACAGACCUCAAGGUGGCACUUUUACAUCUCCUGAUUUUCCAAAACGAUAUCCACCGAAUAUCGAUUGCCUUCUGUACACAUUCAUUGGUCAUCCAGAUGAAAUUGUUGUUUUGACGUUUCAUCAAUUCAACAUUCGUCGUAUUUGGCCCGACUGUACAAGAGGAGAUUUCUUGAAGCUAUUUUUACACCUGGAGAGUAAGGGCAUUUCUGAAUACACCCCUUGGUCUGGUGUGCUUUGCGGAGAAUUGCGUGACAUCCCGCAAGUUCUUUACAGCUCGAGAUCAACACUCAUUCUGGAGUUUCACACACAGUUCCCAUCAUCUAAUGCUACUGGCUUUUCCGGCACUUUUCGUUUCAUCGAUAGACGUUUAUUCGAGAUGGACGGUCUGCUGGUGCCUGGCACGAUGUGCGACUACGAGUUUGUCAGUUCGCAAUCGACGCCUCAAUAUGGACGAUUUUAUUCGCCGCGCUACCCGUCCUCCUAUCCGAAGAACAUCCGGUGCUCCUACCUCUUCCGGGCAAGGCUGAAGGAGAGAAUCCGUUUAGUCUUUGAAGAGAUUUCUCUGCAGAAAGGAGAUCUGAGUUGUCUGAAUAGAGCGGAUUUAAUCAAGGUACACGACGGAACGGAUUCAGGGGCGCCUACAAUAGCUGUGCUCUGCAACCAGGGAACGGAAGUGGAGGUACUCAGCACAGGACCAGGUCUCUAUGUUGAGUUCGUCGCUAAUUCCGAAUGGCCGGGCCAGGGUUUCAAGGCGAUGUUCCAAUUCCAGCCAUUGGACGAUGCGCUGCAUCCUGAGCCGGACAAGGUCCCAGGAGCCGUUACGGGGAACCCCAAGUACUCAGUCAUCGGACCAGCUGUCAGCGCUACUACGUCUCUCUGCGACAUAGUUUACAACAGCGAUACAACAAAAACAGGCAUAGUUAUGUCACCUGGAUACCCGAAUCCAUAUCCAUCCAGGACACAUUGUACAUACGACUUUCAAGGAAGAGGAAAGGAACGGGUGCAGGUGAUAUUCCAGGACUUGAAUCUGUUUCAUUCUCAGAGCAAUCCAAAUGAUUGCGAAGGGGUCGAUUCAUUGGUGGCAUUCGUGAAUAUAGAUGGGAAGAAGGACAAAAUAGAUUCAUUCUGCGGAGAUAUACCACCGCGGCCUAUCAUGAGCAACGGUCCGCGGCUUUCCUUGGAGUUUCAGGGACUAACGUCAUCUCGCCAUUCGAGAGGCUUCAAAGCGACAUACACUUUCAUGGAAAACUUUGGUAUAACGACAGGUCGGCAGGAGGGGCAGUAUCCGUGUGCCUUUGUUUUCAACAGCAACGAGACUCGAAACGGUACAUUCACGUCGCCAAAUUACCCUGGACUGUAUCCUCGUGCCACGGAAUGCUACUACUUCUUCAAUGGUCAAUCUAACGAACGGGUUCACCUUCAUUUUCACUUCUUCGACGUUGAGGGAGUGCUACCGUGCGAAGCUAUAUCAGCGAGUGAUUAUGUUGAAUUCUCAAACUAUAUGACCAGAGAUCGCAAGUAUCCGAGGCACUGUGGUCAGCUGAAAGAAUUCGACGUUUACAGCGAGAGGAAGUUCUUCCGCGUUACGUUCAAGAGUAACGAUCGUCUCGACGCCACGGGCUUUAAUGCCAGUUACGUGUUCCUGGACGAGGAAGAAAAUUAUACGAUGAAGAUACCUGCAAGCAACGGAUCGGCACGGCACGGUAUCACGCUUUCGGCCCCGCUGUUGCUGUUACUGCUGUUGUUCACGAGUUGUCUCUUCGUUGGCGGCGGAAGCUCGCAUUAAGAAAAGGCAGUCACAGCGACCACGCGGACGAGUCCUGGCUCAAUUUACAACGAACCGCAACUUUAAGAUCGAGAGCCAUCCAGAGUCGCCAAUAGCUCAACUCACCGAAGAAAGUGACGACCUCGUUGACAAAUUUGUCGGGAGGGAGUGUGUUACUCAAGUCUAUUAUCCGACCGGGACAUGAAGUCUUAAAUUUGUCUACGCAUCCUUUCUCAUUCUAUCUCAUUCGUUCGCGUCACGUCGACUAUUUCGAGGAGAAAGCAUCAGCGGUGAAAUACUUUUACGUUUAAACAGCGUGCAAGAGAAACGACCGUACGGACGAUGUCAUUCAUCAGGAACUCGUCGCCCGUACCGUAAACAGGAGAAGUGGGAUUAAUUGGCUGCGUGGCUAAAUUGCCAGUAGUAGCCCUCAUGGGUAAGUUACAGUCGACAACUAAUUCUUCCAAGAAGAAUUUUUACUUUCGGAGAAGUAUAAAUAAAUUUUUGUGGGGCUGGCUCGCUGCGCAAAGACAUUACAAUUCAUUAACAUUAUUCCGAUUUAAGUAAAUGCGUCUCAAGUGCAUGUAAUCUCUGUUUAUCGUUAUAAUUUAAUUUUAAUCAUAGUUUGAAAGUUUAAUGUAGCUAGCAGCUACGAAGCUACGACUUUGAUUCUCAAUGUUUCUUUCAAUACUGAGGAAAUUAGAAAUUGAGCGCAUACUUUCUUAAGCCAGAUUUAAGCCGAAUGAACGUACAUGAACGAAUGUGCGCCAACAAUCAACGUGAUAUUGUUUACAUUUAGCGAAGCAAGUGCAUCUCAAUCGAGUUUGUUCACGCUUGCGUACUAUAUUUAAAUCUGGUUUUAGAGGAAGUUUUCAUUUACUAUACUAUCAUUUAAACUUGAUUUUACUUACUUCAAUAGUUUUUCUCCUCUUGCGAGAAACGAAUUUUUUAAGUCAUUGUAAUUGUCUGUUCGUAUAUCACUCGAAAGUCAUACAUACCAUAGGAAAAAUUCGCCUUCAUAAAUACGAACGGACUUUUACUAUACAUCCUCUAUACGACUGUGAUGUUCCCAUUCUUUUUUAAUUCAUUAGAAACAAAAAUAAGUCUGAUUAUUCGCGAUGGUGAACAUUCGUAAUCGAUAAUUAGGUUCUGAAGAUAUUAUUAAUCGCCGAUCGCAUCAUGAAAACUUAGAAAGCGUAUAAUUAAGUAUAUUUAUCAUCAAAAAUCCUGUUUCAAUGAGUGAGCGUUAAAUUAACAGGAAAAUUAGGUACGUAAUAAUACGAAAUUUUGGAUCGAUUUCGAAUCCAAUGAGAAUACAUAAUCGCGACACGUUUAAUAGAAUAUAUGAGAGCGAUUAACGAUUGCAAUUCUUAAAAAUGCGCGUUCGAUUGAGCGAUUUCGGCGAUGAAUGUUUUAAUAAUGAGCAAUACGUGAUCGACUGAAUUUACGGGCUGGUGAGAAUUAAAGAGGGAUAUUUUGGAAACAUUUUUUGAGCUUGUGGACUGCAUCAAUAUUACACAAUUUAAUAUCACGGAUGUAUUGAUAAUCAUUAAUUUCUUCCAAUCUAUAUUUCAUGAUGCAAAAAAUCGAUCGCAUUCAG